AUUAACUACGCCGUCUGCAGCAAUCGCAGAUUCUCAGCGACAAUCUCAAUUCCAAAACGAAGAUCUCUGUGAAAGCCAAGGCAAGCGACAGAUCUGGAGGCACAGGCAAAGCCAUGGCCGACAAUAAAGGCUGGCGCAAGAAACUAGGCAGCAAGCCGAAGGAGCUACCUCCUAUCAAGACUGUGUUCGAGGACACUGCUGUAGUGCUGCCUGCCGAGAUAACGGCCGAGUCGACCGACCGACGGCGCCAUGGUUGGCGAAAGACGAUAGCGGCCAGCAGACCGUCAACACCUUUGAACCAAGCUCCACCUACAAGGACUCUAGACGACAUUGAAGACACAAGAAGUGAGCGAUCUGAAGCGUCAACGCCGCGUCGAGACUCGAAGCCAAAGCUUACUCGCUACACAUCCUUAUUCACCUCUCAUAAGGAGGAGCCAGUAAGCGCAAGCCCUAUUUUCUCAGAGCUGUGGAGUGGCGAUGCACCUCCAGCUCAAGAAGAUCCUUGGUCUUACAUUGAUCCUAUUGUAAUUAUGGAGUCGAUCCACUCCCACAUGUGCAAGAACUACAUGGUGCCUGUUCCUCUUGAGUAUACCAGUGGUUUGUUCCAAAUCUUCGACGACUAUCGGAAGUUGCGAUCGCACAAAGAACUUUUGGAGAUUCGCGAACGAGAAGCCCUGCAGCACUCACGUAAGGUGACAGCACAAUGGCUUGAGUCUGAAGAGUUGUACGAAUCUGAAAUUCGUCGCCUCGAACUGCUCAUUGCGCGUGGAACGACGGGUAUGACUGGACUCAUGCAAGCACGCCGGGGGACCGUGGUGGACCGUAAACGCCAUCACCGAAGGGCAACCUCGACGGACCAUAUCUCUCCUCGUUUCCAGCACAUGUGUCCAGAGGAGGUAGAUAAAGAAAUCAGAGCAAAUAGUCAGCAUGUUCUCCUGCAUCGACCAACCUCGGCAUCCGGAAGAAUGACUGCCCUAUCUCGACAUUUGAAAGGUCCAGGAGUAUCGGAUCUUUCCGUAGGUACUCUUCCCUGUGAGAAGCAAGUAUCAGCACUGUCUCGGAAAGUCAAGAGUGAGUUGAAUCUAAUGGACCUACACAACGUCGACGAUUCGCAGCCUGAUUUUACUGUCACCACAUUUGGCCGGUCGAGCACAACGAAUGAUGCGUUACGAGAAGUCACCGAAACAGCAGAUCAGCUGGCGACCGAUGCCGUCGAAUAUGAUGCCUUCGUCGCUCUCAAGGAGCUUAGUGCUCUUGUUGCACGUCGAAAAGGACUGGACGUGGCAAGCUUCACUGAAGGACUUAUGGCGUUGCUUGCUUUCACGAACCCCGCAGAGGCCACGAGUGAGCUUGCAGCAAGCCGUAAUAGAUUGCAGAGUCCUGGGGCUACAGAAGACCCAAAGGUCCGUACAAUUGAUAAUGUGUCUGGUUCACAACAUCAACUGCUACGAUCUCAAUCAUUCCCUAAACUUGAACAGAAGCCCCGGCGCCAUUUCUCAUUUGAACCUGGAGACGAUCAAAUCCAAGACUUGGAAACCGAUCUCAAGAUGAAUGAUUCACUCUCCCGUACCAAUCCGACAGACUCUGAAGUGUCACUCGAGUGCCAUCUAUCUGAUGACAGCUUGGGAACAAGCGACAAUGAUUCAACCGGUCUGACUCCGGCAUUUGGUGCGGAACUUGCGAGGCCAUCUAUGAUUCCAAGCCCUGUCCAAACAGUGGGACGAAUCCGUCGAGAGAACUCCGUGUCAAGUCUACAGUCUGUAUUCAUCAGGAACACUCAAGAUAGUCGCCACACCUCUUGUACCAGUAUCCGAACAGCGUUUCGAGAAGGACCAGAUACCAAUGCAUCAACAAAGCCGAAAAGCAGAAGUAGCUCAAAUCACAACUUCCGCGCGGCUGGAUCUCCGUCAGGCUCGAAAGAACGACAGGGCAGUCUUCCAAAUCGUCACAGCAUCGCUGCUCUAGCGGCUGCGCGAGCAGCUGAAUCCAGAAACAGCAACCUAUCGAGGAGCAACACGCAAUUGUCCGUAGCUACAUCUGCUUCUCGUAAACGACACGGUAGGGAGCAAAGAAGGACCGAAAACAACGAACCAAGAACGUACACUAAUGCUGAUGAGGAGCAGAAUGACACCGGAGUAUAAGCGUAGGUACCUUCCUGUUCAGGCCUCAGGAUGUAUUGACAUCCUAGGAUUUAAUGAUUUGGUCAAUAAGGCACGCUUACAUUCCUGCGGCGCUUUGGCGGGUACAGGGUGGCACCUCGACUGACUGUCACGUGUAGUACGGAGAUCUAACAACGUCAAGCAAUAAGCGUAACAUAGAGGCGAGUAAGCAGAAUUGAGUUAAUCUGAG